AUGGGGGCAAGCCUAAGCCUCGUGCCGCUCAUCGACUACUUCACCCGCCGCGAGUUCCUCGCUGCCGGCCUCCGCCCCCACUCCGUCACGCUCCCCUACGACGGCGGCGACGGCAAGUCGUCGUCGACCUGCACCGUGCACUACUGGGCCCCGCCGGGCGAGCCGAAGCUCCCGCCUUUGCUGCUUAUUCACGGCUUUGGCCCUCAGGCCACUUGGCAGUGGCGCUGCCAGGUGGGUCCAUUGUCCCGCCAAUUCCAUAUCAUCGUCCCAGACCUGCUCGGCUUCGGCGGCAGCUCGUGGGACUACCCCACGGCGCCACCGCCGUCAGAGGCCACCCAGGCGGCUGCUCUCGCGGCGCUGCUGGACUCAGUGGAGGGGCUGAAGAGCAAGCGCGUGGCCGUAGCGGGGACGAGCUACGGCGGGUUCGUGGCGUACUGGCUAGCGCGCGCGGCGGGGCCCGGGAGAGUCGGCCCCGUGGUGAUCGCGAGCUCGGACGUGCUCAAGACGGCGGCCGACGACCGCGAGUUCCUGAAGAGGGCCGGCGAAGAGUGGGGCGCCGUGCACGAGCUGCUUCUUCCAGCCGAGCCCGCCGCCAUGAGGAGGGUGAUGCAGAUGGCAGCGCACCGCGCGCCGCCGGUGAUGAUGUCGCCGGACUUCGUCCUCCGGGACUUCAUCCAGAAACUCUACACGAAUAGGGAACAACUUAGCCAUGUUUUCAAGGGGAUCACGGUCGGCACGGACAAGUUCCAAGUAACACCGCUAUUUCAGGAGGUGCUAAUUGUCUGGGGAGAGCAUGACCAAUUGUUCCCGGUGGAGAAGGCUUUUGCAAUUCAGAGGGCUUUGGAUGGGAAAGCAAGAGUGGAGAUCAUGAAGGAAACAGGCCAUGCUCCACAGCUUGAGGACCCGGCCCGGUUCAACGAGAUCGUGCUGGACUUCUUGCUGGCUGCCGACAAGCAUGCAGAACCUUCCAUCAAAGGUAGCUCUCUAUGAGUUGCGCAGCUACUUGCAUUGUCCACUACACCAUUGUUUGUAAUAAGACCGCUUAGCCACCUCGGCCCAUUCAGAG